CGCCGGGGCCGUUCACCCGUCGCCGACCAACACCCAGACAAAAUGGCGUCGUCUCGGCUCCUCACGCCGGACUCUUAAAGGAGCCGCAGCACCUCAGGCCUGGCGACUGGUGGAGACGACGAGCGGUCGGCGGAGGAAGGGAGGCGGAGUGGGGUGCGUUGGGAGCCGGUAGCUUGAUCGGAGUCGCCUACAGGCCGCCCUGCCUGCCACUGCCCCGGCGGGCGGGAAGCGGUGAAACGGCGUUACCAUGUCAACGCAGAUAUUUGUCAAAUGAUAUUCUGUAUUUUUGGCAAUGAAGAAAGGCUCAGUAAGAAAAGCAUUAUGUAGAAAACCACAGAUACCGGCUUCUCGGACACCUAGUCCAAUGUCUCCUGGCAGUUCAAGUACGAGGUCACCGUCUCCUCUCAGCCAACAGGCAUCUCCAUCUGCUUGCAAAAGCACAGAGCGGAGGCGCCAACAGCUUGAUAUUACAGCAGAAAACGUCGAAGCUGCUUUUGAGGAUACGUUUCAUAAAGAUGAAAAUGGCGUUAGUGCAGGAGUUAGGUACAUUACUGAACCCUUUAUAAAAUGUCUAUCAAAACAAGAAAAUUUGGCAUUUAUAAGCUCACUGAAUCUUUCUUCCCCAAAGGAUGCGGAUAAGAAGUUUAAGUACAUAGAAAACUUGGAAAAGUGCUCUAAACUAGAGACACUAAAUCUUAGUAACAACCAGAUAGAGAAGAUUGAGAAGUUGGAUAAACUGAUGAAGCUGCGUGAACUCAAUUUGUCUUGCAACAAAAUCAGUAAAAUUGAAGGUAUAGAACAUCUGCGGAAUCUACAAAAGCUGAACCUUGCAGGGAAUGAGAUUGAACAUAUUCCUGUGUGGGUAGGGAAGAAACUGAGAUCCCUGCGCAUCCUUAACUUGAAACAGAAUCAAGUAUCAUCACUCCAUGAUAUAGCUAAACUAAAGCCUCUACAAGAGCUGACUUCUCUGUUCCUUGCGGAUAAUCCGGUUGUGAGUCUGCCUCACUACCGCUUGUACACCAUCUUCCACCUGCGAGCACUUGAGAACUUGGAUGGACGGCCAGUGACGAACCGUGACAGGCAGGAAGCUCUAGAGAGGUUCAAUUUAGAAGAGAUAGAAAAAUUAGAAAGAGAGUUGGAAAACACAGUAAAGGAGCUGGAGAACCUUAAACUUAACCAGUCCAAAGUGCUUGAGCAACUUCGCCAUCAAGAUGAGGUGAACAAAUCAUUAAAAGCAAAGACUUUGCAACAGAAGCAAAGCUACGAAGAUAUACAAAGGGACCUGGACACCAAAAAUGAAUUGCUGGUGUAUGGGUUUGUCACAGUUCCCUUUCCGCAGAGCCUUUAUUCCUCACUAAAGUUGAAGCAGAAGACGGUGGAGCUGACUCGAGCUUGCCAGAAGCAGUAUGAAUUGGAGCAGGAGCUGGCCUUUUAUAAGAUAGAUGCAAAAUUUGAGCCGUUAAAUUAUUUUCCAUCGGAGGAUGUUGAGCUCGAUAAUGUACCUGGUGAAAGCCCCUACAUUGGUAAGGCCAGGUAUAAAAGAAAUAUGUUUAUAGGAGAAGGCUACAUAGCUAACAAAGCUCAGCAGAUGGAGAUUGGGAAAAUGCAACGGGAUGAAGAUGAUUUCUGCAGGAAACCCCAGCGGCAACUGCAGCUACAAGCUCUAGAUGAACUACUAGAGGGUAAAGAAAAAAAGAUUCAUUCAGCACAAAGGAGAUUAGAAGACCUGCAAAGUGCAAUAGGAAAUGCAGAGCAACAAGUUUUGAAAGUAACAGGGGAGCUGCAACAACUGGAGGAUGCUCUGGCUCAGAAAAAGAUUUCACAGGCCAACAAGGAAGCUCUUGAACAGCAGCUGAGUGAAAAGAUAGGAAUCCUGCAUCAGCUACGCAAGGAGCUUUUAGAUCUGGAAAAGCAAAUGGAGAAACAGAAAAGAGAAAUAGGGAAAAAACAGAAAGAGCUUGAAGACUUGCAGAACUCUCUUGCUUCUAUAAAUCCUAAGGAUCCAAGACAUGCUCACAUGAAAGGUCAAAAAGCAAGUAAAGAACAGCAGUUUGAUGUCAUGAACAAACAUUACAAACAGCUCGAGAGUCGCCUGGACGAAAUGCUCUCUAGGAUUGCCAAGGAAACUGAGGAAAUCAAGGACUUGGAGCAACAGCUCACUGAUGGUCAAAUAGCAACAAAUGAAGCACUGAAAAGGGAUUUAGAAAGUAUUAUCCUUGGAUUACAAGAAUACCUGGGAAGUGUUAAGUGUCAGGCAAAACAGGCCAACGAUGAGUGUAAGGCGUUGCGGAAGGAUAAAGAGUCUUUGCUACAAAGAUUGGCAGAUCUAGAGGAGGAAAGAAACAACCUGGAAGUAGUUGCCAUGGAUGCAGAAAAUAUGAGAAAAGAAAUUACAAUGCUACAAGGCGCACUGCAAGAGCAGCAAGAAAUAAAUGAAACGCUUAGAGACGCACAAGGGAACAUCAGUGCCUAUGAGGCUGAACUGGAAGCCCAGCUAAGAGACAGAGACAUGGAAGCCAAGCAGCAAAAAGAAGAAUUGGAAAGACUGAAACAACUUAGCCAGAUGGAACUGUCAGCCCUGCAAGCUGAACUUGAAAAAGAAAGGCAAGCCUUAGAGAACGCUCUGACCAAAGCACAACUAGCAGAAGAGAAGGAACAACAGAAUUAUAAGCUCCUUUGUCAGUUCAAACAAUUGCAGGGAGACAAUAAUCUCCUGAAACAACAGCUUAAAGAUCUUCAGAAUCAGCUAAACCAUGCGGUUGGGAACUUAAUUCAUCCCGAGGAAGUCUUAGCUCGUAUAAAUGAACUCAAGCAACAGCUUCACACAGGAGCUGGAGAGAUUCAAUGUCAGAAUUCAGGUGAUGUUUUAGGGAAAAGCCUUGCAAAUCUGCAGAAGGAAUUGAAUGACAUGCUUGCUGAUGCUCAGAGGGAGAAAGAGAAAGCAUGGGCUAGACAGAGGCAAUUGCAGGAAGAAAUGGGAUCCCAGCAGGAAAAACUGGAAGAACUACAGGAAAAAUACAGACAGGUUAAAGCUGAAAACCGGCAGAAUAAGAACAAGGUCCAUCAGUUGGAGAAUGAAAUUCAGCAUUUACGUGAAAAAAUAAAGAGCAUGGAAGAAAUUCAGGGCCUUGCUGAGCAACAGCUCCAAGAGGCAGAUGAAGAAAAGGAGAAUAUUCUUGCUCAACUGGAGGAUUUCGAGAAAAGGAAAAAGACGGAAGAUGCCAGGGCACAAAUGCAAUUUGUCAGUCUGGAUAAAGAACUGAAGGAAUUAAAGAGAGCAAUCGUCACUUCAGAUAAACUGGCAGCCGCAGAGCUCUCCAUUGCUAAAAAUCAGCUGAAGGCUCUUCAUGGGACUGUUCUCAGAAUUAAUGAGGAGCGAGCUGAGGAGAUUGAGGAAGCCGAAGAAUUCUGUGCGGAGGCAGCUCGAGCAGCUCGGGAUCUCACCAGAGCAGAAGCAGAAAUAGAAUUGUUACAACAGCUCCUCAAAGAGAAGGAAGAACAAUUUCAGCAUGAAAUGGAGAAAGCUGGUGAGAAGACUGCUGCAUCAAGCUCUCAGAAGUUUGAAAUUGAUAAAUUAAAAGAAGCUAUGGAGCAACAGAAAGCAGAAAUUGGACGCUUAAGGUGGUUGUUGGAUAAUGUCGGUACAGGUAACAAAGAUGAAAUUGAUAACUUACAAGACGAAAUUGCAGCUCUCAAAAAUGUGCUAUCAUACCAGAACGAUUACAUCACCAGCAUGGCGGAUCCGUUGAAAAGAAGGGGAUACUGGUAUUACAUGCCAUCAUCACAGGCUUCAACUCCUGCUUCCCGCAGCACCAAGGAUUCUGGGGUUUGUUUGCUGUGUUCCGGCACGUCCCUGCCCCAAAGAGGCUGCGGGCAGGACGGGCCGCGCGGGCCCGGGGACCUGCCCCAGCCAGGAGGGUGCUGGGUUUACUCCCCGCUCAGAAAUAGGAUGUACAAAGCAAACUCUGGGAAAGAUAGAAGAGCGAAAGAAGAUAAUGAAGGAAAUGAAGAAACCCGUGUUCCCCAAGACCCUCCCUUUGUGCCACCCCCCGGUACUGUUAUUUACACGGCCCUGCCAGACGGUGCCCCUGCGCCUCAGGGAACGGUGGUUUACGGGCCUCCUCCUGCUGCUUCGGUUGCUCCUGGCCCCGCUCCCGCAGGAGCCGCACUGCUGUACGGGCCUCUGCCCCCAACAUUCGCCGUCCCGCUGGUCCCCAUGGGCGUCCUGCACUGCAACGUGCCCGAGCAUCACCAGUUGGAGAGUGAAGUCUCAAGGCUGGAAGACACUGUGUAUUAUUUAAAGUCUCGGAAAUACAAAGAUAAACAGUCAGAGGCAGCUGAGCACAAAAGCAAAAAGGAGGUGGAAAAAUUGCAUCAAACCAUUGAUGAACUUCUGUGUGAAAGAGAAGAGUUGGAACGUGAAGUAGCAGAGCUACAAAGAGCAGCUCAAAAACAUAACAAACGCAAGGACUUCAUUGAAGGGUAUACUGACAACCUGAUUGCAGAACUGCAGUUAGAAAAAUCUCUUAAACAUCACGAAGAUGUUGCCGAUGAAAUCGAAUGUAUGGAGCAGACUCUGGUGAAGCGGCGAGCGGAGCUGCGGGAGGCAGACCGGCUGCUGGCCGAGGCCGGAGCGGAACUCGAGAGCACCCGCGGGAAGGCUAAAGACACUAUUCAAAAGUACAAUCAUGCCAAGCAGCAUUUGUGCCGUGCUGAAACGGAGGCAGAGGAGCUGGAGCGAAGGGCUCGGGAAACGGCCGUUACACUGGUGAAAGCAGAGCAGCAGUUAAGGUUAUUGCAGGCAGAUACAAGGGAUUUAGAACAGCGUAAGAGGGAACAAGAAGGUAUUUUGAAGGAAAUGAACCAAAUGGUGGCUGCGAGAGACUCUGAGUUCCAGUCAUUAAACCAGAAGAUAGAAAUGCUAACUGAAAGUCUUCAGAAGCUUCAAGGAGAUGUUAAAGUUGCAGAAGGUAAUGAAGAACAUCACCUCCAGGUCCUUAGAGAAGCUGAAAACCUUCUGCAAGGCAAGAAAACUGAACUGGAAGGAUUAAAAGAUCAGAUCAGCGCUCAGCAACAAGAGCUCUUGUUUCUGGAGGAACAGUUAAAGCAAAGAAGAGAGGAGCUCCAUGUCCUUCACGACUCUAUUGCUCAAAAGAGAGGUGACCUCAAAGAAGCUCUUCAAGAUGGAGAGACUGAAAUAAAUGAAAAACUACACCAAAUGAGGGAAAUAAAACUACUCAUGGAACAGCUUCUUGAUGAGAGGAAAAAACUGGAUGUGCAGAUGACCGAGAAAAGAGCCCAGCUUACGCUCAUAAAGGAGGAUAUUGGAAAAGAGGAGGAGAAUCUUCAGGGAGUCCUUGGGCAGAUUACCAAGCACAAGACAGAACUGAAACAUGUUCUGGAAAUGCUGGAGCUUGAAAAUAAUGAACUUCAGGGUUUGAAACUACAACAUGACCAAAAGGUCAACGAGCUCCAAAAGACUCAGGCUGCAAUUCUGGAAGAGAAGUUAAAAUUGGAGAACAUUCAGAGGUUAUUUCAGUGCCAGCAAGGAGAAGUAGACUGGCAGGAACAGCUGCUGGAGAAAGACCGUCAGGAGAACCAACAUCUGGUGUCUCGAAUGCGCGCUCUGCAAAGUAACAUUGACUCUUUGAAUAAAGAAAAGGAAAAGCUCGAAGGAGAUUGUCAGAGUUUGGAAAAGAAGUUGUCACAAUCCAGAAGAGACUUAAAUGCUACUGCGGACAGCAGCAGAACUGCAUUGGCCAGUGUGGAACGAAUGGAGCUGGAUGUUAAAAAGCUGCAGCAGGAGGUGGAACUACUGAACAAACAGAAAGAAUCACUGAGUGGGGACAUCGCUGUGGCACAGAGGGAUCUGCAGGAAAAAAAGGAAGAACUAGAAGCUCUGAAAGGAGAAUUACACGAUUCCAGGCAACAGCUUCAGCUGGUCCAACAGGACUUGAAAAAUACUAUGAGGCAUCAAGACGAGUUGCUUAGAGAGCAGGCGGCUCUGAAAGAAGAUAUCCUGGAGUGCCUAAGGAAACGGAAGGAUUGCCAAGAGAGACAGAAACAGAGGGAGAACCAACUGCAGCAGCUGCAGAAGGAGCUGGAGGAGAAGGCGGCAGAAGUGGCCACGCAGGAGGCGAUUCUUCAUCGCCUCAAGCAAAAUUCAGAGCGUGAAGGAAAAAAACUGGAAGAGUGCACCGCAAAAGCAGAAGAACAGAAAAUGCUGUUGGAAAAGGAACUGGCGGAUCAACAGAAGAAGCUGGAGCAGGUGAUGGCCAAAGGGAGGCAGGGGGAGGAGAAGCUCAGGAGGCUGGAAGAGGAGGAGUCCCGACGCGCGGCGCUUGAAGAAACCAUCAGAAAAAGCAAACAGCAGCUCUCAGAAAAAGAAUUGCAAUUACAACAGAAAACCAGAGAAACAGAGUCUCUGCAAAAAGAACUGGAAGAGUCCAGGUCUGAGCUCAACCGUGUCCAGGACCAGAUGGCGACCGAGAGGAAAAGAGCAGAAAAACAGAUCUUGAGGCUGAAAGAAGCAAUGAAAAUGCAACAGAUGCAGCUCGAAAGAGAACUUCAUGAGCAAAAGCAUGAAAACGCCUGUUUGCAGAGUGAUGGAGCAAGGCUGGAACAGGUAGCACACGCCAACCGCGAACGAGCCAGGCGCCUCAGCCGGGGCCUGGGGCAGAUGCAGCGGGACUGCGCGGGUCUGCAGGGCCCGGUUAAAACUGAAGACCUGGAAAAGAGACAAAGGGAAACGGAGAGCACAGCAACGUUACUUAAACUGGAGGUUGAAGAUGAAAUUAGGAAAGGCUUUGGAUCUUCAAGCCCAUCUUCUCUGGAACCACUGGAAGGUCUGGAGGCCUGUUGUGAAGCAGAGGGCGGUCUGCAGGGCGAACCUGGUGACCUGGAGGGGACGGGUCUGUUUGCUGCUGCUGACAAAAGGCUCCUCCCAGUGGAAGAAAAGCUGAAUUUUUCUAAAGUCUUCUCAAUGAAGGAUGAGCAGUGGCGUGGAGAAGCUCUCCGAGAAAAACUGCAGCAUCAGGAAGAUCGGCUGAAGGCGCAGCUCCGGCAGGUCAUGUCCAAGCAGGUGGACGUGCUGCUGCGAGGGAAGCGGCAGACGCAGGGCAGCCUGCACAGCCUGCAGCGCCGGCUGGACGUGCUCGACCAGCUGGUCAGCAGCGCCUCUUCAGGUUCACCCGUUCUGCCCCAAAGCUCAAGUCUGGUCUCUCUUCACGAUGCCUUGAAUUCAACAGAACCACAGGCCGCUCUGACGAGACUCGCGCGCUUCCCCAGCCGCCCCGCAGGUUGUUCCGUGGUGUCUCCGACGCCGCAUUCCUGCUCACGAGGAGUUUCUCAGUGAAGUCCAGAGGAGCCGCCAUACGUUGGAAGAAAAGCUUCGAGCACAGCUCCAGCUGCUCCUGGGCCGGUGCCAGCGCAGAGAUGUCAGCUGGAAACGCCGCCUGCGCGGUACAGCAGCCGAACCGCUUCCCAGGGGGCAGAACCUGCACAGCCCAUGGGCCAUCAGUUCCCACCUUCCCAGCCUCUACCUCAGGAUUUACAGAAGCCUUUUCUGGAAGGGCCUUUGCCACCCUGGUACUGUGAAACUUGUGUAGGACUCAACAACUGAGCUUUAUGUAUAUAAGUUUUUUUUAAAAAAAACUAUUUUAAAUGUGGAUUGCAAUGUGUCCAUAACAACUCUGAUGUCAGUGGAGGUGUUUGUCCAUUUCCACUCUAAAGAAAACUUGGACCAAGGCCAGAGUUGUCCAUUUACCUGUUGGCGAAUGCAUGGAUGUUUAAAAUCUAAUUAUUUUUGAGUAUUUCCUUAAAAUAAACUUCCCUGACCGAUG